CAUGGUAGUGCGGUGCUGGUACUCCCGCGCCCACUGCUCGACCAGGGUCGCAACGAGCGCGCACGACAAACUCAGCGCAAGGCUGGUGAACCACAGUGCGUUGCAUAUGAGGGAUGAGAGCGGGGGUGAGAACGCAGUGGGGGAAGGGAGUGGGUCUGUCACCGCCGUGCCGUUAUUCAGGCUCGCGAGCUGGUGUGAGAUCUGGGUGAGCAUUGCGAGAGUCUGGUUGCCCAAGUCCGGGUUAAGGGUCUUGUAGCUGUCGAUGAUGAAUGUGGUG